AUGGCGGCGACCUGCGCGGGGAUGGAGCCGCCGGCGGCAUCCCCUCCCUCCCCUCCCUCCCCUGCUCCUCCCGCUGCCGCGCGGGGCUCCGCCGAGCUGGUGUGCGCGCAGGGACGGAACCUGAAGGCUGUUCUGUGCCAGCGCUGCGGGUCCCGGGUGCUGCUGCCCGGCGCCGCCACCUUCGCCCGCCGAGAGCUCCUCCUGCCAGCCAUGCGGAAGAAGGCGGCGGCGGCGGCGGGCGGCGGCGGGGACGUGGUGCGCGAGCACUGGCUGGUGCGGGACAUGUUCUCCUUCGAGAACGUGGGCUUCACCCGCGACGUGGGCAACGUCAAGUUCCUGGUGUGUGCCGACUGCGAGGCGGGGCCCAUCGGCUGGCACUGCCUCGACGACAAGGACAGCUUCUACGUGGCGCUGGAGCGCGUGGCCCACGAGUGACCGCGGCGCGGGGCCGGGGGGCUGCACGCGGCCGCCCGGAGC